CAAGCCCUUAUUGGUGGUUUUGUGGCUGAUUGGUCCCAAAAAGUUGGGGGCUAACAUAUGGCAAAUGGAUGAAAAUCCGUUGAGUUUGAUGAUUUACUAUAGCAUGUCAGUUUACUGAGCUUACUGGACAUUCUCCCUAACACCAAUGGAAUAUCCACUAUCCCAUAAGUCAGGUGCCCCUGACACCAAGGUAUGUUGCGACUUCUAACGGUCACCCUUGCAGCUGCCCUAGCAGCUGCAGAUGAUUUGGAGUUGGCCUUUGAACUGGAUGAUGAUUGCCGUGAUGAGAGCUGUGCUCUGAAUGCGUUGCAGACCAAGUCCAUGGAGAAUUCCACCGAUCCAAAUGCAACCAGCGAAAUGGAACCCCAGAAUGAGAGCUACUAUUGGCAAGACAACGAGGACCACAUCAACGACUUCUUCGACGAGCCGCAGGCCAAAACCAAAGCGAAGCGUGGCGGCUGGGGCGUGGGUGGCGACAAGAUGUGGGGCUCUGGUCGUGGUGUGGAG